AUGGGCAGUAUGGCAUCCGAAUGGUUGUCUGCAUUUGGGACCGGCGGUCUUCCAGGUGAACCAGGCCUGAUGGAAGAGCUCGAUAUUAACCUUCCGCAUGUAUUAGACAAGUCUCUCGCUGUCUUGAACCCAUUCCACAAGUUCUCGCCAGAGCAUCCAAAAGAUGCACAUAUGAUGGAUGACACAGACCUAGCAGGGCCUCUUUUGUUUUGUUUUGUUUUUGGCAUGCUGCUACUUCUUUCGGGAAAGUCCCAGUUUGGAUAUGUAUAUGGUGUCGGCCUCUUGGGCGUCAUAUCUAUUUAUUUUUUGCUUAAUCUUAUGUCAAAAGGCGGCAUUGAUGCAUCUCGCGUCACAAGUGUCUUGGGGUAUUGUUUGCUUCCACUCUGCUUGCUCAGCGCGAUUAAUGUGUUCAUAAAGCUAGACGGGCUUGUGGGCUUCAUUGUGUCACCCCUCUUUAUUCUGUGGUGCUGCACGUCUGCCUCGGGCAUUUUCGUCUCCAUUCUCAAUAUGCAGAAUCAACGCGUCCUUGUGGCUUAUCCAGUCGGCCUCUUUUAUGCAUGUUUUGCUUUGUUGAGUGUCUUUGAUGUUGGCGCAUCCAAGUGA